AUGUCAUGGAGUAAAAAUGACGUGGCAUGGGUGAAGCUUUAUGCAGUGUUGAUGAGUAUCCAAGCGUCUCAAGCUGGUUGGCCGAUAUUCACUGGACCACCGUUAGUGCUACUAGAGGCAAAAACAGAAGACGACAUACUGCAAGAUUUAUGCGGAUUGAUUGGUGCUGCUCAAGUGGUCGUCGAACUCCAAACCAUCGUCCCUGUGCAACGUCUCCUUGCAAUACUUGCCUCCGUUGAUACAAGUCUGCUCCUUCAUUAUGAAGAUCCCAUACUCCUCCCAUGGCCCAGUCCGCCUGCGUUCCUUGCCUGGGGUUCCUAUAUGAGGGCCAACUUCACACUUCUCGAGAACAACACAUCCAGCACCCGCGGCACUGGCAGCGGCACUGGAAGCGGCGAGGAUUGUGAGGUAAACAAUUUGGAUGAGCCUCAUGGUAUCUGGUAUAACUAUGCAUCAGCCUAUGAGGUGACCAUGCUAGGAAAGCCACACGCCGACAAAAGUCCAAUUGCUGCGACUAUACUCGGAGAAAGUUUUAUACCGAGAAGACAUGCAGCUCUGAUAAUGACUCAUGAGAUCCAUCUCCUUCAAGGCAAGGGCCGCAACGCGCACCAAGUUGGUAAUAGUCAAAUCCAAAAGCUCAGAGCUGUGACGUACUAUGACUUGGGCGAGUUUCACGACGCAUACAUCCCACCACGAAACAUGGUCCAUGGAUACACGGGACUCUGCCGGUUAUUUGGUGCUUUCCAAGUGGUUGUGUCAAAUAUGACUCGCUUACUGGGAAGCUCCAACUCGUCGGGCCUGUGCAACUUCUCUUUACAACGUGUCCGUCGACUCUUCUGUAUGUAUUAUCUGUCUCCAAGCGCCUUCUCGAGGCCUGACAUUGCAGAUUUCACAAGUAUCGUCGAGGAGCUACACAUACAUCACUUUCGUUCGUCCUCUUUCCGGGAUAAAUGUAACACAGGCAAAAUCUGCAAGAUCUGCGACAGAUCUUCAGCAGUACCCAACAGUGCCAUUGCAGGAUGGUUCUUCAUUUUUCAGGUUUUCAUCUACUACGAAUAAUAAACACCUCAUAUCACCUCUAUCGAUGAUUCUAUAAGAUUGUGAAUAACGUGGACUGGUGAUGCUACUCCCUCAAGUUCACUUGCUGUUGCUGAUCUAUCCUGGUUGCAAUGACUUGCCUCGCAUUCGUCCUGGAAGCACCAUACCAUCUGGGUGAAUGAUCACGGGUGGUCACACUGCAUGUAGCUAUUCCUACUGUUCGUGCUGAUCGUAGCAGUGUUAUUGGAGGGGUGAUCAUAUUUG